CCCCACCUGCCUCUAGGGUUAGGUUUGCUCGUUUCAGCCGCCACCCACAAUCCCCUCCCAAUCCCCUCCCAAUCCCUGCGAUUGUCCUCAUCCGAGUCCUCCUCCUCAAUUUCCAUGGCACUCAUCUUGAACGGAGAUGGUACAUGCUCCAUGGUCUACCCCGAGGGCACCACGCCGAUCUGGCUCCGCCCGGCUGACCGCCCCAAAGCCGAUCCAACACUUUCCCCACCCAAGUCGGUCCUCCUCGACACCUUGGGGUACGUCGACGACGAAUGCAACGAUACCACGGCCGAGCACGUCGCCGAGGACGGCAAGUGCAUCCAGGUGACCUUCUGGAUGUACCACCCGCCGCUAGUCUCGUAUUUUACCAUCCACUCCCCCGGCCUGAAACCUGACGCGUACCCGGAGAUGCCAAAGAUUCUGGCGACGGACGGCCACCUUGCGCUGCUCCGCAUCCCCCGCUUACCAGUAAACCCCUUCAGCGAUCAGCCCGCUAACCAGUUCUUCAUCUACCGGGUCGGCAGCAGCACUGGCGAGAAGCAGCCGUCGCUUCGUAUGCUCCCCAACCCCUCUAAGCUCGUAAUUCGCGACCGUAAUGUUGGUUUCCUGAACUACGGCACUCGCGACCAGGCCGACUAUAGGUUCUUCGCUGCUGCGUUCUACGCAGCGCACCCACUCAGACCUGGCGGCUCCGUGAAGUUCUAUAUCAACCUGUUCGACUCAGAGACCUGGGAAUGGACCAGAAAGGAGGUUUUUGUCAAUUCACCUGACGCUUACCGUUACAGGAUCACAAACAAGGUGAUCACUAUUGGAGGACAGCAUGGCUCAAUUGCCUGGGUCGACCUCUCACAUGGUAUCCUCAUCUAUGACGCGCUCCUGCACAACAAUAUUCUCCGUUACAUUCCGUUGCCGCCUUCGGAGUUGCCCGACCCCAGAAUCAACUCUGUGCGUGACAUGGCUGCCGUCGAUGGCUGCCUCAAGUAUGUCAGCAUGAGCUACCCUCCUUUGACCCAAAGCAGCACUAGCUACUACUUCGGAGAUUGGAAAGCCAAGGCAUGGAAGAUGGCAAUGCAUCCUUCAGGGACCUGCCCAAUUUCAAGGCAAUGGAAGGAGGACUACCAUCUCAGAGCUUCGGAGAUCAUGAUUGAUGACCCGAGCCAUCUUGAGCUGCUGCCUGAUCUGCCCAACAGUUUUAACAAGAAGCAGGUCCUGACGAAGCUCCACACAGGCAGUCCUGCUGUGAGCUUGCAUGAUGAUGGCAUUGUUUACAUCAUGACCAAGGUUGAGUUCUCAGAUCGCAACGCAUGGGUGCUUGCUGUCAACACGAGCACCAAGGCUCUCCAAGCGGUGGGUGAGUUUGACGCUGAAAGAUGCAUGGGUUUCAGUUACACCUACACUCAAAGUGGGAUCUCCAAACAUAUGGUGUUGAGUUAAAAGAAGAUCAACCCCAUAAUGAGGAGGAUUUAUGGACUACUGUCUCUUACAAGAAAAAGGGAAAAAGAUGUACUUCAGCAGGGGGCAAUGGAAAGAUGCUGGGCCGAGGGAUGUCCACCGGUGCUGGCAACAGAGGACAGCACAUGAAGUUGUUGGCUGGCAGUGGCAUGGCUCAGGGGUGUGGCUCAGGGGUGUCGGGUGCUGGCAAAGUUGUUGGUCCAGCGGAUGCCAUUCACGGGAGGCAGGCAGUAGAGAGGUCAUGAGGGCAACAUCAGGCGAUAAUAUUACAGCAACGUUUGUUGCUCGUCUCCUUUUGGUGUUUACGCAGAGCAAUGCAGUUUGCUUUGUCUCUAUCUCCUCGAGGGAGCGGAACAACACCAUUAUCUGAAUCGUGAAUGAACUGCUUGUAGUUGCAUAUCGUCUACUGCGAUGAAGGUUAUGAAUAUUUUUGCUGCUCUCGUGUGCUAUAUAUGGUAACCUUACUA